CCGGCAUGGGGAGGUGUCAUCACUAUGGCUAGUUUCAACAAGUUCAGCCAUAACGCAUUAAGGGAUACGGUGAUCGUGUGUUUUGCGGACGGGUUUACUGGCUUUUUUGGUGGACUGGUUGUUUUUUCAGUUCUUGGAUUCCUUGCCAAGGAAACCGGCGUCUCUAUUGACGACCUUCCUUUUUCAGGUGCCUCCCUGGCGUUUAUUGCCUACCCAGAGGCACUGAGCAGACUUCCAUUACCAAACCUCUGGGCUGUGCUGUUCUUCAUCACUCUUAUUUUAGUUGGCGUCGACUCAUUUGUAUGUUUAAAUAUCACUACCAUUUCUUUGGACUGUUAAAGUAUUAUAUUCUAGCGGAUAAAAGUAGUGUGCUUUAAAAGAAUGACUGGCAUUAAAUGGUUAACAUUUAUUCAAUGAUCAAAGUAUUGCUAACGAGUUAAAGUUUGCA